AUGAAUCUCCCUCACCGGCCCUAUUUAAGGAGGCCUCCCCUUCUUCUUCCCCAGCUCCCAUCACUCCAUCCUCUCUUCCUCUUCCUCUUCUCCGUCGACCAUCCACUGGUUCCGGCCACUGCUAGCUCCGACGGAGUCUACAUAGAUACGUGCAUGAUGGCGGCAUCGCGCACCAUGUGGGUGAACGGCCCCAUCAUCGUGGGCGCGGGCCCGGCGGGCAUCGCGGCGGCGGCGUGCCUGCACACGCGCGGGGUCCCCUCCGUCGUGCUCGACCGCGACGACUGCCUCGCCUCGCUCUGGCAGCGCCGCACCUACGACCGCCUCCGCCUCCACCUGCCCAAGCACUUCUGCCAGCUCCCGGGGAUGCCCUUCCCCGACCACUACCCGGAGUACCCCAGCAAGCACCAGUUCGUCGCCUACCUCGAGUCCUACGCCACCGCCUUCCACGUCCGCCCCCGCUUCCGCCAGUCCGUCGUCUGCGCCCGCUUCGACAGCGCCGCCGGCCUCUGGCGGGUCCAGGCCUCCGACGACGACACCGGGGUCGUCACGGAGUACAUCGGGCGGUGGCUGGUGGUGGCCACGGGCGAGAACGCGGAGCGCGUCAUCCCGGACCUGGACGGCGCCGACGCCUUCAAGGGCCCCGUGUCCCACGUGUCCGAGUACAAGUCCGGCGAGCCGUACAGGGGGAAGCGCGUGCUGGUGGUCGGCUGCGGCAACUCGGGCAUGGAGGUGUGCCUGGACCUGUGCGACCAUGGCGCGCGGCCGUCCAUGGUGGUGCGCGACGGCGUGCACGUGCUCCCGCGCGAGAUGCUCGGCGUCGCCACCUUCUCCGUGGCCGUCUUCCUGCUCCGCUUCCUGCCGCUCCGGCUGGUGGACCGCCUGCUGGUGCUCCUCGCGGGGCUCUUCCUCGGCGGAGACCUCGCGAGGCUCGGCCUGCGGAGGCCGUCCCACGGGGGCCCGCUGGAGCUGAAGAACAGCAAGGGGCGGACGCCCGUGCUGGACAUCGGCGCGCUGGAGAAGAUCCGGGCCGGGGAGAUCAAGAUCGUGCCCGGGGUGAGAAGGAUGGAGGCCGGCGGCGCGGAGCUGGUGGACGGGCGGUUCGUGGCGGCCGACGCCGUGAUCCUGGCCACCGGCUACCACAGCAACGUCCCACAGUGGCUCAAGGGAAGCGACUUCUUCAGUGGGGAGGGGUACCCCAAGGUGGAGUUCCCGGAGGGGUGGAAGGGCGAGUCGGGGCUAUACUCUGUCGGCUUCACGCGCCGGGGCCUCGCCGGGCUCUCCCUCGACGCCGUCAGGGUCGCCAGCGACAUCGCAGCCGAGUACCACACCACGUCGCCGUCGUCGUCGUCCUCUAUGGUGCCGCAACCAACACAGCUGGUGCCCUGCUCACAAGCAGAGACAUGA